CACUUGCCCAACAUGAAAGUGGCUGAGCUGAAGCAGCACCUGAAGGAGUUUAUAUCCUACAAGAUCGUGCUCCCGCAGUCGCACCAGCUGCUAGUUUGCGCGACGAAGGAAAACGAGUUGCGCCAGUCACCAUCCUUCGCUGGAUUUGCUGAGGACAACGGUUUCUUUGAACUCUUACGCCUAGACGGUAUUUCCAGCGCGGGCGGCAGUUCAGGCGAGGGGAACGAGCAGCCUCCUCCGCAGCAUUCACAGCAGCAAGUCAUGCCCAAGGCCUCUGAAUUAAAAUUCGACCCCAUGGAACCUAAGUUGGGCGAAGUCGACGGUAUUGAUUUGAGGUCGGCGGUUUCCUUCAUUGACGAGAAGUACAUCAGCGGCAAAAUGCCGUCUGCACUCAUGGCGAAGAAUCACAAAGCCGCUUUGGAUAUUGCCGAGGCGUGCGCUAAGGUCUUGGCCACAGCCUCAGACGGCGAAGUGAUCUCUUCUGCGUCAAUUGCGUGCCGUCGCGCGAUCGCCAUCUUCCACAGCUCGCCCGGCGUUCAGAGGAGCACCAAGGACGACGCCAACAUAGUUCUGGAAAGCGCAGCCAGCGGUGCGAUCUCUGACGGCGCGGGCGCGAAGCGCGACGAGGACUACUUCAAUGUGUUCAAGGAAGUCUGGGGGGAGAAGUACAGCAAGAAGAUCGGCGAGUUAUUCAAGUUCACCAUCGCGGAGCAGACUCACCUGCCAGAACUGGCGGCCAUCUGCGACAUAGUCGAGCCCGAGAACCUCGAUGCCAUCAACCAGGCCCUCAAAAAGCUACCAGUCUCGACGCAGACAUGCACGGCGGGUGCAACGAGCGAGCUUGAGAUGAAGACGCUCGCGGCCAUCCAGGGCCGCAAGUUGUUGUGCGUCAAUGCUCCCGACUCCACCACUCUGGAUGACUUUGAGGGCUUCAUGAACACAGUUAAGCUUGCCAUCGAGAACAUGCCCCAAAAGGUAGACGAGCUGGUGGCUAUUCGCACUGAGAUUGCGACGCUCCUGCAGAACACGUCGAAGAGCCACAGGCUGAAGCAUUUGGCCGAGAAUUUGAAGGUGGCCACAGCAGCUCGGAACCUGACCGGAGCCUGGGAGAGCUGCAAAGGUAUUGAGCUGCCGCAGUCCGGGGACUACCCUAUCGAUGAGGCCAUUCCCAAGAUUAUCGCUGGAGCCCGAGCGAAUGUAGUUUCAUCAAGCAUCGAAGCAUUCGAAGAUGUUGACGAGUGUAUCAAGAAGCUCGAGGGCAGGACCAGCAUCAGCAAGAAGAUAAAGGAUGAGUUCGAAUUUUACAGGUUGGCAAGUCUGAUGAAGAAGCAUCGCGGUAUGACUGAGGCUCUCACCGCAAAUUCACCACAGCUCCUUGCGGUUGCAAAGAUUAUUGUUGCAUCCCUGAAGUCCUGGAACGACAUGCGGCCGCAGUUUGAGAUCGCCGAGUCGAAGGGCGCCGACGACGCGAGCAUGGUGAUCGAGAGUUUCAAAACGUUCGAUGCAGAGGUGACGGAACACACGAAAGUUGUGAAGGCAUGCGGCAUGCAGUUCGCAGACGACGCGCUGAGGAAACUCGAAUCUUUCUCUGAACAGGUGCAGCCUGCAGUGGAUCACGCCGAAUGGAAGGAGGGCCUCGACAAUGCUGCAAACCUGGAGGUCUUGAUAGCUGCCGCAACCGAGAAAGGCAUGUGGAGCAUGAGUGCCGAGACGAUCUACAAACACAUGCAGAAGAUGCUGACAGGGUUCGUAGAGUACAAAGCGAUCGUGGAUCAGCACGACAUAGAUCAGGAACAGCAUGAAGAUGCAGCAGCACAGAAACACCUCAAUGACCUGAAAGAGACCAUGACCACGGCUACUAUCUGCCGCAUGGAGGGGCGGCUCAUUAAGAUAUUGGAGAAGAGAUCUGCGGUCGACGGAGCUGAAAAGAGCAAGAGGCCCCAGCAGCUCAUCAACAAGGAGCUCAAGACGCUCGCCGGCGCAAGCGUCGACGCCCAACUGAUGCACCCGACGAUCAACGAGAUGGCGAGCUCCUCCCUGAGCAGCUGA